AUGUCUGACCAAAACCCAUUCGACGUUUUAGGUAACGAUGUUGAGGACGCCAAUGUUGUGGCUCCACUUCCUCCAAAGGAACUUGUGAAGAAGAACACUUCUUCCAAGAAGGCUGAUGUUCCUCCUCCAUCUGCCGACCCUUCCAGGGCCAACAAGAACAGACCAAAGCCAUCUGGCAACGAGGGUGCUUUCAGAGACAAAUCCAACGGCAGAAGAGUUAACAAAGGUAAGGACGCUCCAGAGUCUACCGCUGCCAAAACCUCUCACGCUGCCAGAAGAGCCACCGACCGUCAAAACAGAAGUGGCAAGGUUGACACCGAAAAGAGAGUCAGACAAGGCUGGGGUGACGACCGUGCCGAAUUGGCUGCCGAAGCCGAAGGUGAAGCUGACGCCCAAGCCGAACUCAAAGACGACCAAUCCGCCGAGAAGACUUCAGUUUCCAACAAAAAGUCUUUGCAAGAUUAUUUGAACGAGCAAGCUAACAAUGAAUUGAACAAAGCCCCAAUUACCAAGAAGAACGUUGAGAACUUGGAAGCCGAGCUUUUGGUCAAGAGGGAAGAAGUUUACGCUGAACCAACCAAGGUCAAAGCGGUCAAGAACAAGCAGCAAAAGUCUAAGCAAUACUUGGACUUCGACGCGACUUUCGCCGACUCCAAGCCUAAGCCAAGAUCUUUCGAAAACAAGGCCCCAAGACGUGGUGGUAAGCCAAAGAACACCAGAGGUGCUCCAAAGGCUGCGGACAAGAAGCCAGUUGUUAACGCCGAAAACUUCCCAUCUUUGGCUUAA